ACAAAUAAUCAAUUCAUUUUUGCAACUCUUGGCCUACACAUUAUUAAAAAUUGAACUGAAUCCUGGUUUGUGCUGCUGUUCAUAUAUGUAAUGAUGGAAAACACAAACAAACAAACAAAAUAUGUCAACAUAUGAUCUGGCAUUUACCUUGUGCCGGGGCUGCAGGUGGAGGCCCUGCUUUGGUCUCCUGUGGUUUAUUGCACAUUCCCCUUUGGCUCCAUGUUUCAGUUACCAGUCUGCACCUCUGACCUGUUGGGGUAUUUCAUAAGGCAAACCUUCAAAGCACCAUAACCAUGGCUAAAAACACCAAACACUACAUUCAUUGGGUUUUGCUGAUCAGCUCAAAGUUUUCUUUGCCAUCUAUUUGGUCUGAGAUCAUAAUAACAUGUAAAACAAGACUUCCUUUGAUUCAAUUUGCCAUCAUGUCAGUCUAGAAAGGCAGCAACUUCCCACAAUGGAGAUGCUUAAAAAUCUCAAACUUAUAAUUGAUAGUAAAGAUAAAAUAAUCACAAUCACAACCAAAAUGACCAACCAUGAUGGUGCCCCUUUUUUAUGUGAAGAGGGGCGUGACAGGUAAAUAUACUGCGAGGCAAUAAAACCAAAACGAAUGCGACGCCAAAAGGUUUUAUUGACAAUAUAAAGUUAGAUGACUAAACAUGCCCAAAAACAUCCGAUUACAUAAUACAACAUUUAACAACACAGGAACUAACUGUUUCUACUCUAUCAACACGCUUAACUCAGAGGCAUGCACCUGGUAUAGAAGUCAAUUCUGAUUGGUAAAUAAAAGUACUUAAAAGUGGAAGUUUAUCAUUACAGCUGCGAAAGUUACUGACAUGAUCAUUAAGUUGUGAAUUAACACGAGUAUGACAGUUUUUUUUUCCAGAGAAACGCGCUGAUUCAAGAAAUUUAACCAUACGAACCCAUCAAGUUGCCGAUGGAGAGGCGAGAUCUGAUAAAAUUCAUGUUUCUGUUGUUGGUUAGUAUAUAGCAGCGGGUCUAUGAAGCCAUUAAAGAGCGUCAGAGUGUCCAGUCCACCAUCAGCUGUCCAAAGUCACUUCACUGCGCUUUAGCCACUGACUGCCUCAAAGGACCCCAAGGAAAAAGAUAGGAGCCUCUGACUUUUGCCUGAUCAAAAAUAUAGCACUGUGUCUACUUUUUCCUUCACCAGAAUGACCCGAUUACGAUUUACCUUCAGUGAUGGAGGCUUUUUAAGAGUUAGCGGGAGAUGGUUGUGGUUGUGCAUCAUAAACAGGGCUUCGGGUUCAAGUAAAGCAAAAGAUACCAAAGUAAACGUUGCGUAAUUGUCCUGAAUUGAUUUAGCCAAAGUAUUAAAGUAUGGUUUCAUUAAAUAUUGUACUGGAUCUAUGAGCAACCAAAAAGAUCAUAAUAUUUAAUAUAUAUCAAAUUUCCCGUUGAUGUUUCGUAAGUCUGAGGUGUUUUUCACUCAGGCACUUUCUUUAACCGUCAUCUCGCGUUGUAUCUGCCCAGGACCCCGCAGUCCACUAUGGCGGCGCCCGGUGGAACUCUAAACUGUGAGGACUUUUCAAUGUUUCAGGUAAUCAGUACGACGGAUUAAUCGAUUUGUGCAAACUGUUCGUUUUAUGGCUGCGCUCCGGGUCGGAACAGUUCGGCAUUUCUCGUGUUGUCUCGGUUAUUGUGAAUUUACACCUGCGAAUGAGUGACUCUCCUGCUCAGAGUGCUCACACUGUGCACUCAGCAAGGGUUCAAGGAGGCAAACUGGAUCAGGGGGAGUGCAACUAAACAGUACAUGGGUUUAAAAUGAGUGUCACGAGUCUACUAGUAAAAUUUAGGACAUGAUGCAUCUCUUGUUUGAGUUGUUAUAGUGAACUUAGAUCAGGGUUCACAACUCUUGAUGUGAAUAAAACUUUAAAAAUGUUCUUCUACUUGGACUAAAGUUCCUCUUUUCACGCGUGUUUGUUUUUCCAGGAGGUGCUGAAAGCAAUGCGCACCAUAGAUGACCGAAUCGUCCAUGCCCUCAACACCACAGUGCCCACAGUUUCUUUCUCAGGCAAAGUGGAUGCCACACAAACAUGCAAACAACUCUAUGAAUCUGUGAGUGUCACAGUCACGACUGCUAUGAAAGGUUUUGGUUAACCAUGUUAAGUAUUUCUUCUGCAGUAACCUAAUUUGCUUUAUAGAUGAUGGAGGCCCAUCUGAGCCGGGACAAAGCAAUCAAGUCCUGUAUAGCCCAAACAUCUGUAGUGGUUGGACAACUACGUGAAGAGAGAGCGAAAGACAAUGAAAACCUGGCACUCAUCAAAGAGCUGAGGAAGGAGCAGACCAAAGUUAGUGAGAUGUUACAAACCCAAGCAGUCUGCAUGGACUGUCCAUCUGCAGCUGAAUGAUAUAUAUUUGUUAGAUCAGUCGUUCUCAAGUCCAGUCCUCGAGGCCCACUGUCCUGCAUGUUUUUGGAUGUUUCCCUGCUCCAACACACCUGAUUCAAAUGAUUAGCUCGUUAUUAAACCAUUACAGAGCUUGAUAACGAGCUGAUCAUUUGAAUCAGGUGUGUUGGAGCAGGGAAACAUCUAAAAACAUGCAGGACAAUGGGCCUCGAGGACAGGACUUGAGAACCACUGGGUUAGAGCAACUCAGCCCCAGUUAGCGCUACGGAAACCAGAUUUUGCUGUCUAAAAGACUCACAUCCAGAUACUUAUUUUAGAAUACCACUUCAUCGAUCUCACUCUCUAGGUUUAGUUUUUUGGGAGAGUCAUGGCGAUCACAACUCAUGCAGUUAAUUUUUUGUCCUUUUUGUCUCUAUGAAAAGCUCAGCUGAUAAAAAAAAUGUGGAGAUGUCAUAAGAGUUUUUAGAAUUGAGCACAUAAACUCAAAAACUGAAUUUUUCAAUGAAAGUAAAAAAAUAACUAUUUUUGUGGAGUUUGAAAGAUUUGGGCUUUAAAGUCUAAGUAGGGAUACAAUGAAGUUGCUUGCAGAAAAUCUCUUGACGGGGUGUCUAACUCGGUGUUACUGUGUGUUUGACCCUAAAUUAAUUUUACACCAAAUAAGACAUAGAAGUAAGUAAGACAUAUAGUAGGGACUAAAAGUCUGAAUACUUUUGCUCCUGCUGCUUUCAUUAAGAACCCCCUCCUCCCCCAAACACAAAAUAGUAGUCAAUCAGUGGGGUGAUGCUUUGUAGUAAAAUUUUCCAUACAUUAAGUCCACAGAAUUAAAUUCUGUUUUUUCACGUUAUGUAAGAAGAACAACAGAAGUUCCCACCAAGGCAUGGGUAACAGGUUUACAUAAUACCUUAGAGUAUUGUAACAAAAAAAGGAAGAAUAGAUGUUCUUUGCAUUUAAAUGCAGGUUGACAGACCAUGUAAGGAGAGUCAUUGGAACACAUUGUACAUAAAAUUUAAGUCAUUUCCUCUGAAGUGAAAAGCACACCCUAAGUAAUGCCUCGCCCUCUUUGUCUCCAGCUAAAGCUGAUGCAGUCUGAGCUGAAUGUUGAAGAGGUUGUCAAUGACAGAAGUCUGAAGGUAAGCUCUCUUGGGAUAACUUGUUAUUCACUCAUCAUGUCCUUUCAUCACACCUACAUGUUUGCUCCCUGUGUUUUAGGUUUUCAGUGAAAGAUGCAGAAUCCACUACACACCCCCAAAAGUGAAGUGAAGUGAAGCUCUAACUGACCAGAGGAGCUGCGUCACCCAAGGUUCAAACUCAGACUGGAGAUGAAACUGUGAUUGGCUGGGUCCUGACCUCAGGCUGAUCACCACCCAGACACCUCUGACCUCUUCUCCACAUCACCUGUAUUCCAUUGUAAUUAUUGUGUUGCAUUGACAUCGCUGUAAAACAGUCAUCCUCGUGCUUCUUUGAUGAAAUACAUUGUACAAACAGAGUUUUUUAAAAAGACAAUGAAAUGUUUUCAAGUGUAA